CUCGUUCUUUCACCUGGGAAUCCUCAGGCCGUGGAGUCGAGUCAUCAGGAGAGCUGCGGACCGAUCCAACAAACUAUGAAGGUAGAAGGUGUGUGUGAGCUGAUGUGAAUCCAGCAGCAUGGAUCAGUGUGAGGGCAGAGAGGAGGGAGUCAUUCCGUCCAAAACCUCCCCGAGGGGAAAACCUGAGAGUCGGAGAGAAGAAAAGAGGAGACAACGUCGUCUUGGACCUGGAUCUGAACCUGGACCUGUACCUGGACCUGGACCUGAACCUGGACCUGAACCUGGACCUGGACCUGGACCUGGACCUGGACCUGGACCUGGACCGGGACCUGAACCUGGACCUGGUCCCAGCUGUGUUUCCUUGAAGAGUGAUGCAUCAAAGUAUUUAUUUUUCACUUUUAAAGAUGCUCCUGGUUUUCCUUCAGAGAGAGAGGACCAGCAGAUCUCAGAGUCCCCCAGCGGUCCGUCUGUUCAGCAGCAUCAGACCCAGCUGGACUCCAUCUUUCAGAUGCUGGAAGACGACGUCAUCAUGUUUGUGAAGGAUGAGCUGAAGAAGAUCCUGAAGGUUCUGAGUCCAGAUUACCCAGAAUCCUCAGAGAGUCUGGAGGAGGAUGAAGAUGAAGAGCAGAAGAGCAUCAGAGAGACAUUCAUGAAGAUCACAGUGAAGUUCUUGAGGAGGAGGAAGCAGGAGAAGCUGGCUGACCUCCUGCAGAGCAAUACCGUUGAUACCGUUUGUCAAUCCAAACUCAAAGGUCAGCUGCAGAAGAAGCACCAGCAUGUGUUUGAGGGGAUCAUUAAAGCAGGAAACCCAACCCUUCUGGAGCAGAUCUACACGGAGCUCUACAUCACAGAGGGAGGGGCCGGAGAGGUCAACGAUGAACAUGAAGUCAGACAGAUUGAAGCAGCUUCCAGGAAACCAGAAGGAGCAGAAACAGCCAUCAGACAGGAAGACACCUUUAAACCCCCACCUGGAAGAGGAGGACCAAUCAGAACGGUGAUGACGAAAGGAGUGGCCGGCAUCGGGAAAACACUCCUUACACAGAAAUUCAGUCUGGACUGGGCUGAAGGCAGAACCAACCAGGACAUCCAGUUCCUGCUUCCAUUCACCUUCAGACAGCUGAAUGUGCGGAAAGAGGAGAAGUUCAGCUUGAAACUUUAA